AGUACAGUUAGUGUGUGACGUCUACCACAAAAUUAAUAGAAACGUAUGAAGCGGAUGAGGUGCUUUACAAUGUGAGGCACCCUGAUUAUAAAAAUAGAUUAAGAUGAUUUGAGAGUUACAAAAAUAUUGCGGAGAUUAUUAGCAGUGACAUACGGCAUGCAUGUACGGCUGAGUACACGAAGAAGAAGAAGAAGAAGAUUAAUGGCCUCCGCACACGUUAGUCGUACGAGAAAGCAAAAAUGCAUAAAAGCAGAAGUGGAGGCAUAUACUCCACAAGCGUACUGGUUGCACAUGCUGAAAUUUCUAGACCAGGCAACGGAGGCGGACGAGAGUGUCUGCAACAUAGAAAGCACUGAAAGUGAAAGUGAACGUGCCACACCAACGUUCGAUGAAAUGUUUGAGCACGAGAUGCAAGAGCCUGUCGCAUGUAGCGAGGUACAGCCACAGCCCCAGCCCCUGCGUCAAGAGCAGCCUCCCACUAAAAGGAGGAAAGUCACACCAGACGUGGCAACAGACGUCAUGGUGGAGGCCAGCAGGACACGUACAGUUCUGGCAAUGUCAGCCAUAGCCUUGCCUGUCCGAGAAGACCGCUACGGUACCCUUGGUGCCCACAUCGCAGCAGAUCUGCGUGAAAUGGAAAAAGUGGGUGGCAAGGAAUUCACCACGGCUACAAUGCAGCGGAAUUUAAUGGACAGGUGGGAUUUGCUGCAUGCGACAACCCAAGCACAACUUCCGCGUCUGGGUAUAUCCGGGCUGCCUCGCAGCAGGCUGGAAUAGAGGAAGAAGACUCGAUUCUAUAAAUAUAUAUGUAUAUAAUUUUUGUAUCUCUCUAAUCUUCGUAAUCUAUUUUUAUAAUCAGGGUGCCUCACAUUGUAAAGCGCCUCAUCCGCUUCAUACAUCUCUAUUAAUUUUGUG